AUGGAUUCCCAGGAGAUCAAAGAGCUGCAGCAAGAGGUGAUGGAGGAGUUGGGAAUCUCCAUGGAGGAGCUCCAGGAUAUCAUCGACAAAGAGCUGGAGAAUUUCGAGUGCGUGAAGCAGAGGAAGCAGCAGCUGGAGGAGCUGGAGAAGUGCGUGAAACAGAAGGAAGAAGAGGUGGCUCGCGUUGACCGGCUCUUUGAUGACGCUUCGAGAGACAUUGAUAAAUGUGAGAUGUUGGUGAAGGAUCUGUACUCCAAGCUGGGCCUCCAGUACCGUGAGAGCAGUUCUGAGGACGAGGGUAUGGCUGGAAAGCCCACGGAAGUGAUUGAGAUCCCGGACGAGGACGACGACGAUGUCAUGAGUAUUGAUUCGGGCUGGAAGCACAGUUCACUGCGGGAAGCCAUGGCUGCCAUGAGGAAGUCUGCCCAGGAUGUUCAGAAAUUUAUGGAUGCUGUGAACAAGAAAAUGAACGCCCAGGAUGUGCAGAAAG